AUGGACGAGUUUAAGAUGCACGACGCCAUCAAUACAGAUACCGAUUAUGCAAUUGCAGAAAUUGGAAAGGAAAUAUGCGGAUACAUCAGCGGAAAGGCGAAGCAGGCCAUUGCUCUAGAGGAUACCUUUCUAGACCGUCUCAACGGCCAACAAGCUUUACAGGAACUCGUUACUUGGCUGGAGAACAAGUUUGGGACAAAGAUCACUCCAUCUACCGCCCAAGAAAAUCCGACCGUAGGAGCUCUGGCCAAGCAAGUGGCGCAUGCGCUGGGUAGCAAUCGUCGCAGGCCCGGCCAAGACAGCGUGCAAAACGGAAUCGUUGACCAGUCAUCUUCGCUGAACGACGAGCAGCAGCGCCAGCUGGCGUACUGGAAGCAACAGUUGGAUGGUAGCCAGCCGGCAGAGCUGCUCGGUGACAAGGCGCGGCCGACCGUGCUGGCUGGAAGGGCGCGCAAGCACGAGGUCAUGAUCGAGGGUGCGCUAUACAACAAUCUCCAGGCCUUCUGCAAGACUCACCAAGCCACACCUUUUGCUGUGCUCCUCGCGGCAUUCCGGGCGACUCACUAUCGGCUCACAGGAGUCGAAGACGCCACAAUCGGGACGCCGAUCGCCAACCGAAACCGACACGAGCCCGAGGACCGGGUCGGCUUCUUUAUCAACAUGCAAUGCAUCCGGAUUCGUGUAGAAAACGAAUCGUUCAAAUCACUCGUUGCGCAAGUGCUCGCGACGACCGCGGCCGCGGCCGCGCAUCGGGACGUGCCGUUUGAGAGGCUCCUUGCAGAGCUUCGCCCGGGGACACGUGACCUGUCGCGCCAUCCCCUGGUGCAGAACGUGUUUGCGGUCCACUCACAGAAUGACAGCGGCUAUCUCCGCUUCGAAGAUGUGCAAACAGAGCCGAUUGGAGACACAAAUUCUACCCGCUUUGACAUCGAGUUCUACUUCUUCGCCGAGCAUGGGCGCCUACGCGGCGCGAUCACGUACGCCGAGGAUCUGUUCGAAGAUGCGUCAAUCCGCAGCAUGGCAAGCGUAUUCCUGGAACUACUCGAGCAGGGACUUACGGUUCCCUUGAUUGAGGUUGCUACUGCACCGCUGACGCAUGGCCUCUCAGCCCUGCGGGAGCUCGGUCUGACACGCGUUGAGCGCACCGACUAUCCGCGAGACUCAAGCGUGCCCGAGCUCUUCCGCCAGCAGGUGUCAGCGUCCCCGGACGCGAUCGCGGUGAAGGACUCUAUCACGCAGCUCACAUACGCUGAGCUGGACAAACACUCAGAUCGCAUGGCUUGUUGGCUCGCGCAGCGUGGCUUGGCGGCGGAGAGCCUGGUGGCGGUUUUGACGCCGCGCUCGUGCCAGGCUAUUAUCGCCCUCCUCGGCAUCCUGAAGGCCAAUCUAGCAUACCUUCCGCUAGAUGUGAACGUGCCGCUAGGCCGCUUGGAGAGCAUUCUGAAGGCGGUGCCUGGGGAGAAGCUGGUCCUGAUCGGCGACGGGGUCGAGCAGCCGGCCACUCAGCUCGGGGAUAUCGUAUUUGUAUCUAUCUCAGAGGCGCUAGAGCGCGCACCCGACGAUUGGCGGACUAUGGCGCCGCUGCUGGCGGCUCCCGGGGCCACAAGCCUUGCGUAUGUCAUGUUCACCUCUGGCUCAACUGGCCAGCCUAAGGGGGUAAUGGUCGAACACCGCGGUAUCGUCCGCCUGGUAAGGAACACGAAUGUACUGCCACAAGAGUGUCCUAUUGGUAAUAUGGCACAUCUAUCCAACCUCGCAUUUGAUGCAGCAACGUGGGAAAUCUACGGAGCCCUGCUUAAUGGCGGAAAGCUGGUUUGUAUUGAUUAUAUGACUGUGAUAGACGUGCUUACCCUAGGACGUAUAUUCAUAACGGAAUCGAUCAAGGCAACGAUGCUAACCCCAGCACUUCUCAAACAUCUGCUGGCAGAGGCCCCUGAUACUAUCAAAUAUCUUAACGUCCUUCAUGCCUCAGGAGAUCGGCUCGAUACUCGGGACGCUAUAAAGGCGCAAGGUCUGACAAAGAAUGGUAUUACAAAUGCAUGUGGACAUACAGAAAAUAGUGUCUACAGCACACUUUAUACACUGAAAGGGCCGGAGGAAUGUGUCAAUGGCGUACCGGUCGGAGGCGCCAUUAGUAACUCGGGAGCGCUCGUUAUGGACGCUCGACAGCGCCUGGUCCCCCUCGGGGUGAUGGGCGAGCUCGUGGUCACGGGUGAUGGCUUGGCCCGCGGCUAUACUGACCCGACACUCAAUCGAGACCGCUUUAUCGAAGUGACCGUGGACGGAGAGACACUGAAGGCCUAUCGUACGGGCGAUCGGGUCCGCUACCGACCGACCGAUGGCCAGCUUGAGUUCUUCGGGCGACUGGACCACCAGAUCAAGCUGCGUGGUAACAGAAUCGAGCUUGGUGAGGUCGAGCACGCCAUCUGCCGCAACAGCGCCGUUGACGACGCUAUCGCGCUGGUACACACUGCCGAAGGUCAAGACCCCGAGCUUGUCAGCUUUAUCACACUCCGCGCCAGUGAAACACAACAUGGCGCGAACUCGGGCGUGGAUCCGAUUGGACAGGAUAUCGAAGAUCAACUCCGCGGGGCGCUGCAGGCGGCGCUCCCGGUCUACAUGGUCCCGACGAGGUUCCAGAUCUUGGACCGAAUGCCUCUGAACGCCAAUGGCAAAGUCGACCGGGCGGCACUUACGACGAGGGCGCUAGGAGACAUGGCCAGACGGGGCCCGCGAGAGAUAGUGGCCGCGCGCAACGACGUGGAGCGCGCCAUGUGCGAAGAGUUCGGGCAUGUGCUCGGGCUAGAAGUCGGCAUUACGGACAACUUCUUCGCCCUUGGCGGCCAUUCGCUCAUAGCCACUCGCGUGAUGUCGCGCAUCAAUCGGCGACUCCAUGUCAAGGUUACAGUAAGGGACGUCUUUGACGCCCCACGUGUGGCCGACCUGGCCGAGCGGGUGGCGCACGCCCUGGGUGACACCACCUACGUGCCUAUUCCGCGCACCCAGCUUGGCGGACCCGCUGUCCAGUCGUUUGCGCAAGGUCGCCUCUGGUUCCUCGACCGCCUCUACCCGGACUCGACCUGGUAUCUGAUGCCAUUUGCGACCCGGCUUCGCGGUCCCUUGCAGCUUUCGGCGCUUGAGAAGGCGCUGCAGGCGCUAGAAGAGCGCCAUGAGCCAUUACGCACUGUGUUCGGCCAGCGCGAGGGAACCGACAUCCAGCUUGUCCGACCCUUUGUCGCCCGGCCCCUGCGCACUGUCAACGUCCCCGGCGGCAACUGGACUGCCCUAACGCGAGCUCUUCGGGAAGAGCACACCACAUCGUUUGAUCUGGAGAACGAGCCCGGAUGGCGCGUCGCUGUCUUCAGCCUGGGGCCAGAUGAUCACGUGCUAUCUAUGGUAAUGCACCACAUCAUCUCUGACGGAUGGUCCGUCGAUAUCCUACAGCGGGAGCUGGCUAGCUUCUACGCCGCUGCAGUACGGGGUGAGGAUCCACUGUUGCAAGUGAGCCGGCUGCCCAUCCAGUACCAGGAUUUCUCUGUCUGGGAAAGAGAGGUAGCCCAAGCUAAGGAGCAGGAGCGUCAGCUGGCGUAUUGGAAGCAACAGUUAGAUGGUAGCCGGCCGGCAGAGCUGCUCAGCGACAAGCCACGGCCGGCCGUAUCAUCUGGCAAGGCAGGUGUGCACGAGGUCAUGAUCGAGGGCGCGUUAUACAAUAACCUCCAGGCCUUCUGCAAGACUCACCAAGCCACACCUUUUGCUGUGCUCCUCGCGGCAUUCCGGGCGACUCACUAUCGGCUCACAGGAGUCGAAGACGCCACAAUCGGGACGCCGAUCGCCAACCGGAACCGACAGGAGCUCGAGGACCUGGUCGGAUUCUUUGUCAACAUGCAAUGUAUCCGAAUCCACGUGGAAGAUGAGUCGUUUGAGUCACUGGUCGGCGAAGUGCUUGCGACUACCGCGGCCGCGGCCGCACACCAGGACGUGCCGUUCGAGAGACUGGUAGCGGAGCUACAACGGGGUGCUCGAGACUUAUCCCGCAAUCCAAUGGUUCAACUGGUCUUUGUCUUGCAUCCUCUUCGGGAUCUUGGUGUUAUUAAAAUCGAUGGCCUUACUAGUCGGUCUACCAGGGUUGUGAAUUCGACGAGAUUUGAUCUCGAGUUCCAUGUCUUCACCGAGGACGGGCGCCUACGCGGCGCGAUCACGUACGCCGAGGAUCUGUUCGAAGAUGCGUCAAUCCGCAGCAUGGCAAGCGUGUUCCUGGAACUACUCGAGCAGGGACUUACGGUUCCCUCGAUUGAGGUUGCUACUGCACCGCUGACACAUGGGCUCUCGGCCCUGCGGGAGCUCGGUCUGACACGCAUUGAGCGCACCGACUACCCGCGAGACUCAAGCGUGCCGGAGCUCUUCCGCCAGCAGGUGUCAGCGUCCCCGGACGCGAUCGCGGUGAAGGACUCAAUCACGCAGCUCACAUACGCUGAGCUGGACAAACACUCAGAUCGCAUGGCUUGUUGGCUCGCGCAGCGUGGCUUGGCGGCGGAGAGCCUGGUGGCGGUUUUGACGCCGCGCUCGUGCCAGGCUAUUAUCGCCCUCCUCGGCAUCCUGAAGGCCAAUCUAGCAUACCUUCCGCUAGAUGUGAACGUGCCGCUAGGCCGCUUGGAGAGCAUUCUGAAGGCGGUGCCUGGGGAGAAGCUGGUCCUGAUCGGCGACGGGGUCGAGCAGCCGGCCACUCAGCUCGGGGAUAUCGUAUUUGUAUCCAUCUCAGAGGCGCUGGAGCGCGCGCCCAAAGCCUGGAAAACCAUAGCGCCGCUGCUGCCAUCCCCCGGGGCCACGAGCCUCGCAUAUAUCAUGUUCACCUCUGGCUCAACUGGCCAGCCUAAGGGGGUAAUGGUCGAACACCGCGGUAUCGUCCGCCUGGUAAGGAACACGAAUGUACUGCCACAAGAGUGUCCUAUUGGUAAUAUGGCACAUCUAUCCAACCUCGCAUUUGAUGCAGCAACGUGGGAAAUCUACGGAGCCCUGCUUAAUGGCGGAAAGCUGGUUUGUAUUGAUUAUAUGACUGUGAUAGACGUGCUUACCCUCAGGACGUAUAUUCAUAACGGAAUCGAUCAAGGCAACGAUGCUAACCCCAGCACUUCUCAAACAUCUGCUGGCAGAGGCCCCUGA